AGAAAGUAAACAGAAAGUAAACAAAAAGUAAACAAAAACUUCCAUAGCGACGGUUUGUUUACAUUACCGGUAGAGGAAACACGCAUCCCAAAGCGGAAGUAUUCGCGGCAACCGUGCGGACGCGAAAACCGCGCGACGCGACGCGUCAGGGCUCAUACCCUGUGCCACUUUCGCGUCUGUUUAGCAAGAUUUCAACAAGCUACGGACCUGUUUUGCGACAGCUGAGAGACACAAGCAACAUUGGCUGAUCAGUCUCUUCAACAUGGAUGCGCCGGUGGUACUUCCAAUCCAGUUACAGCCCUCUAACCUUCGACCUCUGGCCUAUAGAGUGCUGUCGAAGAAGCAUGGGCUCAACAUCAAGUCAGAUGCCCUGAAGACAUUGGCCGAUUACAUGGGCCCAAAGUUUGGAAUCGAUUGGAAAUCUGCUAAGUCUCAACUGCUGUUGGAAGAGGUGGCAAAGAUAUGGAAGGAGCAGGAGAGAGGGCUGUUCCUCGACGCUGCUGGGCUGCAAGAGGUGCUCAGGGAGAUCGAUGCCCUUGAAGUGAAGUCGAGACCUGCUGGUGCUGGUGCACUGGGCCAGAAACAUCACGCAGUGUCGAUCGAUUCGAUGAUGGCGAGAAGAACCGACACCGUGGUUGAUGUGAAUGAAAGCGAAGAUGAACACUCGCUCAACAAGAUUACGCCGUCGACUAGCGUCACUCCGCCUCCGAUGAUGGAGUCUCUCGAUUGGAAAGAGUAUUUCAGACUGAUCAGCGCAUACGAACAACCUCUGUUCUUGUAUAACUCAACGUCAAAGACAUACGAACCCUUGGAGAACCAGGAUUCGAAACUAUCAGGCUCCACGGUCCAGGCAAAUAUCGUGUUGAACCAAGGCCGUUAUCACAUCAUCAAGGAUCGGGUGCUGAGAAACGAACACUUUGACAGUGGAGACUUCAACGCCUUUGCCAGUGUCUCUGUUGAUACCAACAAGGCCAGCGACUCGAUAACCAUGGUUAAAAAUCUAUUGGGUAGAAAUAACCAAAGGUUCCUACUGCUGGGCAUGAUUACACAGUUAGAAGGGUAUUGGCAUUUACAGGACCCAUCGGGCAAGAUCAAACUCAACAUCGACCAGGCAGAGCCGAAUGGUGGCUCCUAUUACGUUCCAGGCAACAUGGUGUUAUGCGAGGGCAUCUAUUCCCCCGGGGUCUUUUAUGUUAACUCAAUGGCACAUCCACCAGCGGAGAGAAGGUCCUCAACGCUUGAUGCCAUAGGCAACGUGGACUUCUUGGGGAUCCACGCCAACAUGAGAAUCGACAAGGAACUGCAGAACAAGUUCAAGCAAGUCGAGAAGGAGCACGACCACAAGAUGAUAAUACUGGGCACGGAUAUAUACUUGGACGAUUUGCGUACACUGGAUGCGCUGGACAAGCUCUUUGUGAAGUUGAGCGAGGAUGAGGAAAGCAUUCCGAUCACCAUCAUCUUCAACGGGUCGUUCACAUCAACACCCAAGCCUUCAUCCGAUUAUAAGCAGCUGUUUGACUCAUUGGCGUCGAUCCUGGAGAAAUACCCCGUGAUCCAUGGGAACGUGUCGCUGGUCUUUGUUCCAGGCGAUAACGACCAUUGGCAGACUCCGCUCUGGCCCAAACAGAGAAUACCAAAGGUAUUCGGCUCCAGAAUCAACCGUGUCUGUAGAUCUGUUCAAUGGGCCUCAAAUCCUACACGGAUGGUGUACCUGUCACAGGAGAUUGUCAUUGCACGAGACGAUAUCGGCUCGAGGUUCCGACGCCACGACAUUAGAUUCCCAUACUUGGAGGCAUCCAAGGCCAAUGGCCAACACCACGAGGCCAGCGAGAUCGACAGGUUGGAGUCGCUAUCACCAAGGGUGUCGGAGGCAAGGAAAGUGGUGAAAACGGUGCUGGACCAGGGCCAUCUGAGCCCAUUCACCAAGAGCCUGAAGCCCGUUGUUUGGCACCUCGACCACACCCUACAGCUGUCGCCCUUGCCCACUGUAUUGAUCCUGUGUGAUUCCACAUCACCACAGUUCGACGUCACGUAUAACGGCACCAGGUGCCUGAACCCAGGGGUCUUCAUCCACAAGAGGAAGCUGAACUACAUCGAGUACUCGCUCAACACCAAAAGGGCAGAGAUGAAAGAUCUGUACUUCUAAUGAUAUAAUCAGGCAUACGGCCAUUUGGCAAUCUUCUCACUUACACACUCCGGUAGACAGUAGCGUGGGUCAACGGGUUGUAGGCCCUCAAAGCCCAUCAGACUCAACCCUGCGAUUCCAAACAGCGUGUGGAACACAUCAACCUGGUUAUCAGGCCUAUCGCUUAUGCCCCCCGUAACCUCAUCCUGAGACUUCAGUAUGAAGUCUCUGAGCCUGUCAUAGUCGAUCCAGUGCAGUCUGUCGAUGAUGGCCAACGACGACAGCACCCACCAGCUGUAGCAAACGUCCGGCAGCUUGCCAGGUCUCCCGUUCAGCCCUCCGUCCUCCAGCUGUCUCUCUGCGAGCCACCACCCGGUCAGGUCCCUGUCCACGACAUCCAGCUUGUUGCACAGGGCCAGUGUCCCCAGGCAGGUGAACACCUGGGCCGAGUGGCUCUCAGCGCCCGGUCUCUGCCCGUAC